UGUAAUUUGAAAUUUUGUUUGAAAUUUCGUUUGAGUUAAAAAAUAGUGCAGAUACAGAGACACACAUAUUCUAUGGCUUUCAUUUUUUUUUAAUUUCUCGUUAAUUUACACCAUCAGAAAUUAGUAACAUAACAAAGGAUUGUUUGGUAAAAAGUCGAAAUGAUUGGAGAUUUAGCAGACUUCGACGAUGUCAGCGACGUGAUUUUAAUACCACCAAAAAAGGGGAUAAAGAAUCAUGCACUUGACUCAUUAAGCAUGAUAGUCUUAGAUGAUGACGUUGGACAUCCAAGUACUAGACAAACCUGUGACAUAAAAUAUGAUAAAAUAUUUUUAGACAAUAAGAAUUUAGUAAAAUUUAUAGAAAAAUGUUUUGCUCUGGAGAAUUCAGAUGGGAUGGCGAGAAUUGUUAAUCGCACAUUAUUAGGCUUGUACCAGAACACAUGUCCUGAGUACAAAAGUUCACAUCGAUUUCAAAAUAUUUUGGACAAUGCCUUUAUGAAGUUAGAGUUAGAUCCAAAACACAAGUUCUCACACAUAAAAGGUGUGUGUGAUGCAUUGAAACUUCAUAAAGUUAAGAAGAAGGCCAAGCUUAUAACAAUGUCCACAGCUUUACAAGAUAAGUUAAAAGAAGACACUGCUCUUCAGAGAAGAUCACCAGUAGAUGGGGUUUCAAAAAAGAAAUCGAGGCUUAACUUUAUAAACUUAGAUGAUAAAGGAGCAAACAUUAUAGAAAUCAAAGAUGAUGACAGUGAUGUAAUUGUUGUUGACAACAGUUCAGAACUUUCAAAUGAAAACAAAAUCACUAUAAGAGAAACAAUUAAGACUGAAGAUAGUACAAAUGAACCUAUGAAAGAAAUGGAUGUAGAAACGAAAAUAAUUAAGGAUGUUCAAGAUAUUAAUGUUGAUUUUUUUAUUAUGAAAGAUUCAGAAAGCAACAAGACUGAACUGCUAGUACCUGUAGGAAAAAAAUCCUCUACAAUUGAUACUGAGACUCGAAUCAAGGAAAUUGAAAUUACUAUAGCUAAUUAUAAAGAGAAAAUAGUUAAGUUGGAGCAACAGGACGUUUGUGAUGAUUCUCUUUAUUCACCAUAUAUUCAGAGUGAAAAGUUAAAACAAAAGAUUGUGGAUCUGUAUAAAGAGCUGUGUAGUCUUACUGGAGAUGAGCCAAUUAAAAGACGCGAAGUUCGACUGCAAGUUGCAAAAGAUCAUCCUCCUGCACCUGUUCAAAAACUUGAACAGUUCCUCAAUGAGAACAUAGGGUCAAAUGGAGAGCCACCGUUCCCUGAUUUCCAUGACGUGAUGAUGUGUGUAGCAGAGGCCAAUGCUACUGAGAGUUUGGGCUGGAAUGCCGUGCAGGUCAUGUCUGAAGCAAAUGCAUUGUUCACUCAAUGUGGUCGCGCUCUGCAAAAACGUCGUCAGCAACGCGAAUGGCGAGACUUGCUAUGUCGAGUCAGGAGCGAAGACUUGCGAGAUCCUGCUGAUGAUGAUCCCGAGCUGCUGGCAAGACUCGAGGAGAACCGACGCACGGCCGCAAAGAAAGAACGGGAUCUUAUGGAGAGGUUUACAAAUAUUGAUUGCGACGUUCCCAGCCUUAAUUUACAUGUAGAUAUUAAUGAUUCGCACGAUCAGAUAGUGGACAAAAGCGACGAACAAGAUAGCGACAGUGAGAAGGAGGAGAAAAUUCCGAUCUUCACUAAUAAGGAAGUCAAAAUAGAGAAAGACAUUGAAACAGAUAAACUCGACAGCUCCGACAUUGAAACUAAAAAACUUGACAGUUCCAACAGUGACAACAAUGAGGUCACUGCCGAUGUCAAAGUAAAGAUUGAACCCGUAGACCUAUCAGUCCUUUACGACAGUGUCGAGAACAGCGUCACAUCAGUCAUAUUCGACGUCGAAGAUCCAUUUUUGGUGAUUGAAAUUUCGUCCGAUAGCGAUGAUGACUGUAAUGAAACUGCUGAAAAAUUAUGAAAAUUGAACUGUUUAUCGUAAAAGGCAACUAACAAAGACAUCUGUCAUAAAGUACUUAUUUAAUUAAUAGGGCUCACUCAAAAUCGAAAAUUAACAUUCGUGCACGUGAUCGGCGUGCGAUAAUAUGGCUACAUUGAAUACACUGGCUCCAACUGACAUCACACAAUGAAGUUCCGUCUAACAGUUAUGAAUUGUCGUGACAAUUUUGAAAAAAAAAUGUCGCGUUCCCUAUUCUAAAUUUGAGUAGCAAAUGUUACUCUAUUCUGUGAAGCAAUACUAGAGUAAGUCGUAGAGAUAAUAUAAUAUUUUAGCAAACAUUUUAUUCUCAUACAUUCAUGUUAUUACAGUUUUAAGUAAUUCACGUAAAAUGAUAUAUAUUAUAUAUAUUGCUUUUAACCGCAACUAGACAAUUAUAACCUGUGAUAAACACUGCCUUAGUCUUACACAUACAGAAAUUAAUUCAAAUUAAAUUAUACCAAGAUUUUAAAUGCUGUUUCUUUAGAAACAUUGUGUUAGUUGAAAAGCAAUCUCUUAAAAUAACAUAAUAUAUUUUAUGGUCACAAGAGCGAGUAAAAGGAACCUAAGACUUUUUUAUCAAGUGAACAUGCGUUUUUAUCAGCCGAUUAAUUGCAUAUACUGACUGCAUGCACAAUUGAAGCAUUAGUAUUUAUUCAAUUUCUAUUUUUAACGUUCAAAUGUAUCAAGUCUUUGUUUUGUGGCAAGUUUUCUUUAUAGCCGGUAUGUGUGCUCACGUGCUUUGAAGUGAUUAGUCUACGAGCGCAAAAUGUGGAAAGUCGUGCAUCAUUAUUAAUUAUAUAUUCAUUGUUAGUUUAGUCAUAUUUAAAUUUGUGGUUUUAAUAAAGAUUUCACAUUAGGAAACAGGCUUUUUAUUUUUUAAACGCCAUGUUAAUCUCAUUUUCAUUUCUGAACUAGUUUCUGCUUGCAGCUUCUCCCAUGUACGUAAACUACUGUGACGUGUUGUUCGAAUGGACCAAAAUAAAAAUAUAUUGGCAUAGGUAUUCAUAGGUCCUUCUGUGCAAAUUUCUAAGUUAAUUGUUGACUAAAAAUUAUGUUGAAUGAUUCAGUUAUAUCAUAUAUUUUUUUAUUUGCCUCUGCAUGCAGACGAGUACACGGCCCACCUCAUGGUGAGUGGUUACCGUCGCCCAUGGACUUCAGCAAUGCCAUCAAAAAUAGGCCAAGUCUAAUAAAUGCCCGAUAAAUUAACUUAUUCUUAGGAUGGAUUAGAUGAAAUGUAUCAAUUUAAAAUCCAAUCGAACCGCGGAGUCUACCUAAGGUUGCCAAAGGCGGGAGCAGCUGCCAGUUCGAAUUGCAUUUAGAAAUAGGAGCCUACUAAAACAAAGUUAUUUAUGUUUGGUUUGGUAAAUUAAUCACUAUAUUAAUUUUAGCCUAAAAUAUUAUUUAGGUUUUGGUUUCGGAAUCUGCAUAUAAAAUCUAAAAAGGGGCGAAGGCAGGGAAGAAAUAAAAAAUAAUAAUAAUAUUAAAACAAAAAGUAACGAAUGACAAACUCACAUUUCAUUAGUUUUGUACAGAUUUAAUUCGACAGACUGUUUAAAUACUUAUAUGACUGAUUAACAUAUGCUUAUUCGGCAGUUUUUUUUUUUUCAAUUCGGUACGUGAUCGAGACAUUGCCUUGUAGUUGGGUUGAGUAUCAGAAACACGAAUCGUCAUCAAUCGCCAUACAAACUUACAUAUAUACAGAAAUUACUAAAUCCAAUACUUCAUUCUGACCUAGCCCCGUGUUAUAAAAAUAAAAACCAUAAUGAUUCUUUAAAUGAAAGGAAAUAUCUGUUAGUGUUAAGUCUCUUAAGUCACAGGGUCGGUGUUCGCCUCACAAUGUAUAAAAUUAGUAGUUAAUAUGAAUUAAAGUAGAAUAUUUUUCCAAAUUGAUACAAUUUCAAGAGACCGUGUGUUUUAAGAGAGCUACUGUUUAUCAAUAACGCGUCAAUUAAUUUUAAAUUAAUCUACAUCCUGGACAGAUAUCUAAAGCACAACACAAACGGGGACACAUCUUAUUUUUAUUAAAAAGAAAAAUUGCUUUUACUAAAGUAUGUAUUUUUAUUUUACAUAUCCCGAUGUCUACACGUCAUACCUUAGAUUUUUUUUAUUUUAUAUAAAAUCAAAAACCUGAUUAAAAGCUGCUAAGUAUAAAAAAAGCUUGACCGACAGUAACGAUUAUGCAAAUUCGUAGAGAGAUAAGUAUUCCGCGCAGACAGGAGAGCGAGCAGCUACUUUUGUUCGAAAACAGGGAUUUGAAUGCUUAAAAAAAUAUCUCUAUAAGGCCUUACCUUACACAUUCUUACAUUAAUUUUCGUAUAUUCAUAUCGUCUUUGACAAUGUGACGAAUUAAAUAAAAUAAAAAAAUCGACAAGUCCGCUAACAUGUAAGUGACUGAUUGAACCAACGAGCCUUCGGAGGCAACACUUGCGGCAGCGACCAUGGGCACACCGCGCAUUCUGUAACAAUUCAUGUGUGCGUCCAAACACGCAAAAGAGAGCAAGGAAAGGCCGAGAUGAGCAAAAUAUCUACAUUUUAAAAAUAAUUUCCUUUUUUCAUAAAAUGCAUCAGUCUUCGCUGAAAACGUUGGGUUUCAGGAGACACGAUCAUCAUCAGUCUUGAUUGAUUCAGCAUGAGUUUGGUCGAAAUCAUCAGUUCGUAUUACCACAGAAGGCGCAUUAACUACAGUAGUUCAUCUGAACGAACGGCAAGUGUUACACAUGAAGGGACCUGGCGCCUACAAGGCGACUCUGAUCAUUUCAGGACUAUUCAAUCACACACCACAUUCAAGAAUUAUAUUUAUUUCAAUUUUUUUUUUGGGUUUUUUUUUACUUUUUUUUAUUUAGCUCUUUAGACUAUGGUAUUAACUUCAAGUUUGCGUCCAUCUUUUCGACACGAUAUCAAAAUGAUAUUUAAUUUGAACUAAGGUCUGUUUAUCGAAAUGUGGAUUGAUUGGAACGCGCUGGUGUAGCUCCAGUCAGUAUUGCGAUCCAACCCACAGACCCGAGCUGCAGCGAGAGGCCUCGUCCUACGCGAACCAGCGACGCGACGCGUUAUCGCUCAACCUUUCCCGCGCGACAUUCGUAGCAGGAAUCAGGCGCACAGUAUCGCUUCGUGUCGCAUCGCAUCGCAUCGCCCAGGACGACGGGUAAGCGAAAAGAGAACGAACAAAACAAAA